AUGCUCUCAGUAUCCUUUCCUUCACCUCUCAGCUCUUCCGCCACUUUCUCCGGCAAGACCAUCUCAUCAAAACCCUGCCACGUCAGACCGCGAAGAAUAUCCGUUUCUGCCACCGCCACUACAACCGAACCUAUCUCUACUCAGCUUCCACGCGGCAUGGCUUCCGGCUCGCUUUACGAGAUUCUUGGAAUUGCGGCAGUCGCUUCCGAUCAGGAGAUUAAGGCAGCGUACCGGCGACUCGCGAGAGUUUCUCACCCUGAUGUCGCGGUGGUUAACCGGAAGAAUUCAUCGGCGGAUGAGUUUAUGAAGAUUCAUGCUGCGUACUCGACUCUGUCAGAUCCUGAGAAGCGUGCGAGCUAUGAUAGAAGUUUGUUCCGGCGUCCGCAGCCACUGACGGCGAGUAGAUUUUCUGGCUACAGAGUUCGGAACUGGGAAACGGACCAGUGCUGGUAG